CAUCAUCCUCACGCUCUCUUGACUUCACAUACACUCUCCUCGUCUUGACACCUUCAUCAUGUCCGCUGCAUCUACCUCCGCACUGCCACCAUCGGCUCAGCAGAUCCUGUUUGCUCGCGCCGUCAUCCUCACCUUCCAGCUGUGGCCAUCGAUGCGUCUUGCAAUCUCAGAGCAAUGGGGCGGUCCAGACUCUGCCGACAAGUGCGACUUCUUGAUCUCCCACAUUUGUGACACAUACGGUGGAGAGAGCGGCGCUACCUCCCUGGGAAGAUUCGAGCCAACAGCCGCCUUUGACGAGAAGAACACACCCGGCGCUCCUCCCACACCUGAGGAGGAUGAGAUCGCUGAGACACUCGAGGGCUAUCUGGCAGACGAGUUCGAGGCGAGAAUCGAGGACCAAUCUUGCGAUUACAUUGCCGGUCGAAUUGUCGCCCUUCAUCAGCUCAUCUUCGCUCGACCAGCUUCGGCAGAUCAAGUAGCAGCAGAGGAGGUGGUCAGGGCGGGCAAUCUCGCGGUGGAACAAUUGACCGAGGCUGCUCAAAAGCUCAAGGGCUCGGGCGCUCCGAAGGUUCAACGAGGAACAGGGAAUGGGGACGACGAUGCCCUAUCAGAAAGCGGAAGCAGCAGUGAGGGAAGUGACGACGAGAUGGACGUAGACGAGGGACAGGGCAGCGCAAGAGAGCCGACGAAGAAGGCGGAACCCAUCGUAGAUGAAGACGGCUUCACAACCGUAGUGCGAGGCAAGAAGAGGUGAAACAGCACCACCUCCUGCACCUUUUCCAGCAGCGGAAACUGUCACUGUCCCCUCACGGCUGUCACCGUUCUGAGCGCGGCCUGUCAGGGCGUUGCGAAUCGCAAGCAGCCCGGGCUCGCGAGCACCUUAGCGAGGACUUCGCAAGGCCCAUCAGAUGCAAAGCAGCGUGUCGAGCCCAUCCCCAGGCCGGCAUCAGUAGAAGUCAUGAUCACGCAUCCCAAGACCGCGAGGACAAAGCUGUUGCUGUCAGAGCCCUCGCGGCGCUAUGUCAAAGGUCUUUCCCAAUGUUGUACAUAUACCAUUGCUACCCUUCCAAUCUGUACAC